GAUGGAUCUUUUCCCAUCCCAGCAAUGCUGACGAAAGGCAAUUGGGAAAGCAGAUGUGUUGAGGGAAGAAAAGGCGAGGUAAAGGCUGGAGCAGCCAAGAAGAUGAUCUCACUGCUCAUAUUUAAAAAUGAUUCAAAAACAGGUGUAGCUGAAACAGGAUUACAAGCUAGAACUAGGGCACUAAGAUACUGCAGCUAGGUGAGUUCUUUUUUUUUUGUAGUGCCAACAAUGGCAGUCUAGCCACAUUUUCGUAAGAUCCUUGCCAGAUUGGCUUGGACCUUGAAGUUUGGUAUGCAUGCUGAACCCUGAGGGCAGCCACUCAAAGUGCUGAAAUGGGGCAGAGGCACAACAUAUGGGUAUGGUAUGUCUGUCAUGUACUCAUAUGUGCACCAACAAGGUCUGCAUAAAGUUGCUCUGCAUGCCAGAACAGAGCAGGGCUCUCUUCACAAGACACAUUCCUCUAAUCCUCUCCCCCCUCUGUCCCUCGCUCUCUUCACUCCCUCACUGAAAGCUGAAGAAAGUAGCCGGCCACUCCCUCGUGCCACCAGCCACCCCCAUCCCUUCCCCUGGACUCAUCUGCUUGGCAACGCUCGCGCCCUCCUUGGAUUCUUGCCCUUGGAGCUUCCCUUCUUCUACCUCCCGGCGUUCUCAUCGCCCAGCCGAGAGCGAGAUUUGCAUCGCUAGCUCCCGGCCCGGCGCUUUCCGUCCUAGGGAUCGCCACGCGCAGGGGGGAAACGAAAAAGCCCUUCUUGGAGCCCGCUGCUUGGCCUCUCCCUCUCGUCGCAAAGCUGCAUGGCAGGCAGCAUGGCCGCGUCGCCGUUGCGCGGUGGUGGUCUCGCCGUGGCCGUGCUGCUAGUAGGUGCGCUCGCAUUGCUCCAGGUGGCGCGGUGCGACGCCGCGGCGACGUGCGUCGGCCUGGCCCCGGCGAGGCGCCGGCCGGAGGUGGUAUCCAUCGCGGACUUCGGCGGCGUGGGCGACGGCCGGACGCUUAACACGUGGGCGUUCCGCAAGGCCGUGUACCGCAUCCAGCACCAGCGCCGGCGCGGCGGCACCGAGCUGCGCGUGCCGGCGGGGACGUGGCUCACCGGCAGCUUCAACCUCACCAGCCACAUGACGCUCUUUCUCGCCAGGGGCGCCGUGCUCAAGGCCACGCAGGACGCCAGGGGAUGGCCGCUGGUGGAGCCGCUGCCGUCGUACGGACGGGGACGGGAGCUGCCGGGCGCGAGGUACGCCAGCUUCAUCAACGGCAACGGCCUCCGCGACGUCGUCAUCACAGGUGACAAGGGGGUCAUCGACGGCCAAGGUGAGGUGUGGUGGAACAUGUGGAGGCAGAGGACUCUUCAGCACACCCGGCCAAACCUUGUGGAGUUCAUGCAUUCCACUGGCAUUCACAUCUCCAACAUCGUCCUCAAGAACUCACCCUUCUGGAACAUUCAUCCUGUUUAUUGCGACAAUGUGGUCGUAACCAACAUGAUGAUCUUGGCACCACACGACUCCCCGAACACCGACGGGAUCGACCCAGAUUCUAGCACCAACGUGUGCAUCGAGGACUCGUACAUCUCCACCGGCGACGACCUCGUGGCGAUCAAGAGCGGCUGGGACGAGUACGGGAUCGCCUACGGCCGGCCGAGCUCCGGCAUCACCAUCCGCCGCGUGCGGGGCUCGUCCCCGUUCAGCGGCAUCGCCAUCGGCAGCGAGGCAUCCGGCGGCGUGCGCGACGUCCUGGUGGAGGACUGCAGCAUCUUCAACAGCGGCUACGGCAUCCACAUCAAGACGAACGUGGGGCGCGGCGGCUACAUCCGGAACGUCACCGUCGACAACGUGCGCAUGAGCGGCGUGCGCAGCGGCGUCCGCAUCGCCGGCGACGUCGGCGACCACCCCGACGGCCGGUUCAGCCAGCUCGCCGUGCCCACGGUGGACGCCGUGCGGAUCCGGAACGUGUGGGGCGUCGGCGUCCAGCAGCCGGGGUCCCUGGAGGGGAUCAGGAACUCGCCCUUCACCCGGAUCUGCCUCUCCAACGUCAAGCUCUUCGGGUGGAGGAACGGCGCGGCGUGGAGGUGCCGGGACGUGCGCGGCGCCGCGCUCGGGGUGCACCCGUCGCCGUGCGCCGAGCUCGCCACCAGCUUCGCGUCGGCUGCAGGGUCCUGCAGCUAUUAGUGUUUAUUGCUUCGCUUAAGUUGUGUUAGAGAUUGAUUUCUGUCUUGGGAUCACCUUAGCCUUUCUGCUAAUUGUUCAGGUAACCUUAGAGAUAAUUUUGUAGUAUAAUGCUCAGCUGCUGUGUGCUUAAUCUGAUGCUACGUGCAAAUAUGUGUCAUGGACUGAUUGGUAAUGUUACUCUGAAUGAUUAAGGAAACCUUGGUGGGAGCUUAACCUCA